UGCUUCAUGUGCAAAAUACACGAUAACAAAGCAACAAUAAUAUGAAUUUAAUGAAAAUGUAAAAACGUGUUGAAUGUAUACUUGGGCGAAUCAUAUAAAUGAGGACCUUCGCAUGUUGGGCUGAUUCAUCGCAGUGUCGUACUUUAAGUGUUCUGGCGACACGACUAGUUUCCACACGUGCCGGAACAAGUUAACCUGUCUGAAAAUAUGUUCUCGCCAAGAGACUCGGGUAAUUCAGAUUACAUUAGUUUAAAUAUACAUGAUAGCGGGUCGUUUGCACGGGGCACUUCGCGCAGUUUAUGGAGGCAAUGGAACCAGUUGUCCAGGUUCCAAAGAAAUAUCCUAUACUUCGCAAUAUUCACAGUUUUACUUGUAAUAUUUUAUCUCCUGCCUAGCGAAACCAAAGCUGGUACCUCUGACAAUGAGGUAGACUAUAGUAAUAUAGAAGUUGUACGAGAAACUGCCAAGUAUGAGAAGGCAGUAGAUGAAGUUGUUGUAGAUAAUGAAGAACAGGGCGCUGGACCUGGUGAAGUAAUUGAAGAGCCCGAGUUUCAACCAGAAAUUAAUCAAGUUGACGAUGAUCAAAUUGGUGAACCGCCACAGCCAAAGCCAAACAUCCUGAAAUUUAGUGGUCCGCAAAAUAAUAGACAAGAAGCUGUUGUAGCCGCAUUUAAGCAUUCCUGGAAUGGAUAUAAGAAAUAUGCAUGGGGUCACGAUAAUGUUAAACCGAUAUCAAAGAGAUAUCACGAAUGGUUUGGCUUAGGCCUUACUAUAGUUGAUUCAUUGGAUACUAUAUAUAUAAUGGGAUUAUAUGAUGAAUAUGCAAGAGCAAGGAAAUGGGUGGAAGAGAAUUUAGUGUUUACAAUGAAUAGAGAUGUUAAUUUAUUUGAAGUUACAAUUAGGGUAUUAGGUGGUUUACUAGCAGCAUAUCAUCUCUCGGGUGAUAUACUCUUUUUAAAUAAGGCUAUGGAUUUAGGUGAUCGCAUGAUGCCAGCAUUUUCUACCAGAUCUGGUGUUCCAUAUUCCGACGUGAAUCUCGGCACUAGAAGUGCGCACAGUCCCAAAUGGGGUCCCGACAGUAGUACGAGUGAAAUUACUUCCAUUCAAUUAGAGUUUCGUGAUCUUAGUCGUAGUACAGGGCAACUUAAAUUUGAGACUGCAGCGGCAAGAGUUUCCGACCAUGUACAUAAGUUAGAAAAGCAUGAUGGUUUAGUCCCGAUUUUUAUUAAUGCUAAUACCGGGCAGUUUCGGGAGUACGCUACGAUUACGUUAGGUGCUCGCGGUGAUAGUUACUACGAAUACUUAUUGAAACAGUGGUUACAAACUGGAAAAACCAUAGACUACCUACGCGACGAUUACUUGUUAGGCAUUGCCGGAACGCAAAAGCAUCUCGUUAAACAUACUGCGGUCAAUAAAUAUCUAUUCAUCGCCGAAUUGGUUGGCGCGAAUAAAGAAAUUAAACCGAAAAUGGAUCAUCUCACAUGCUACUUAGGAGGUACUUUAGCGUUAGGUGUGCAUCAUGGAUUGCCGCCGGAGCAUAAUGCUCUUGCGGAAGAACUUGUUAGGACUUGUUAUCAAACGUAUGCAAUCCAGCCAACGUUCCUCGCACCUGAAAUCACUUAUUUUAAUAUACAAAAAAUGGAGGGUGAAAAUCAAAUGGAUAUGUAUGUAAAAACGAACGAUGCUCAUAACUUAUUGAGGCCCGAGUUGAUUGAGAGUCUAUUUUACAUGUGGUAUUUUACGGGGAAUAAAACGUAUCAAGAUUGGGGUUGGCAGAUAUUUCAGGCUUUCGAGAAUUAUACCAAAGUCGAAGCUGGCUACACGAGUAUCGGUAACGUCCGGAGCAUUCAACACACUCGCCAGCAAGAUAUGACGGAAAGUUUCUGGUUCGCCGAAACUUUGAAAUAUUUGUAUUUGUUAUUUGAUGAUACUAGACAAUUGAUAGAUUUGGAUAGGUGGGUAUUCAAUUCGGAGGGUCACCCGUUACCUAUAUACGAAUCGUAACGCAGUAGAAGCAAAAUCGUGUAUACAGCGAGUUCUGAAUUUUUCGCACUUAUUUCAUAAAAUUAUUUUUUAAAUGCCCAAUUAUCCUAAUUAUCGUAAUCUUUCUCUAAUGAAACUUCCCGAGCUCUCGCAUUUUCUCCAUUAAUUGUGGGAUUCUUUCCUAAAAGAAGUCAUUAAUUUAUGAAGUCAAACAAUAGUCAAUUUCUACUGUUCUGAAAUCAUGGAAACCGAAUAUUCUCUCUAAAAUUUCUCUUUAGUGUUUAUUCUAGUGAUAUAUGGAAAUGUUUCAUUCGUUUCCACUUUAUAAAUUGCCAUGCAAUCAAACAUGUGACAAUUAUGAGUAAUAAAGGAGAGUGGAAGAAGUUAGUUUAGUUUAGAAGAAAACAAUUGAAUAGAGGGGAAGAAAUGGAAAUUGAUUCUAAAGAUUAUAAGUAACUACAGAUUAACUUGCUUUAUCAUUGGCGAAAAACGAUUUCAAAUAAUAAACAAGUAUGCAACACUA